AUGCGUGUCACUCGAUCGCAGAACAAGAAGCCACUGCCAGUGGAUCCGUCCUUUGAUCCUGACUCUCUCUGGAAGAAAGGAAGGAAGCGCGUUUCCAGAAAUGCUAGCCCGCGCUCGAAUCGUCGUACGCCGCCGACGCCUGCUCGCAAGGUUGCACCGCUCACCCCACCGGAAAGCAAGCCUCGCACCCCCGUCAAGAGAGCAGACGCCGUGGGGUUCGCCAGCGUCACGUAUAAACACGAACCGGCGAUACUCCGCGUUCACCUCGAAGUCAGCACCGAUGACAUUGGCUGGCAGACCCGGCUGCUCUACUGUGCCCAGAUCUACCUGCUGCGAGAGGGGAAGCCGGACCGGCGCAUAGGCCAGAUCGUAGCCUGGCGGAUCAUCAAGCCCAAUGCCCGACACCCAAACGCAGGAGACCAGUGGGCCAAGGACUGGCUCCGAGUUCCUCUCAAGGGGAACAAGGCUAUUCGUAGCUGGGGCCAGCCUCUUGCAUGGUCGCUGCAGGCUAUCUGGGAUCAGAAUGGGCAGCCCCGGCCUGAGGUCGACGACCUAUAUCGAGACCAGCUCGGGGACAAUGGUAAUGAAGUGCUUUACAUCUCUGGUCUGCAGAUUAUCAAUCGCGAUAUGGAGACAGGUGAACGAUUUACUGGCAAUAAUUUUGCCUGGCAAGCAAUGAACAUUUUCUAUCGAUUGCUCUGGGUAUUGCCCUUCGAGUUCUCCUUCGGAGAGUCCGUGACCGUCCUCCUUCAGCCAGCCGAACUGAAGAACCAGGACAGCAGAGACUACUGGAGCCGAGGUGCUCCUGCAGAUGAAACCCCCGAAACCAGAGCUGACAGGAUUGUCUUUUACCUCAUGUCUUUCUUCACGUCAGAACGCAUGGGAUUCAACAUAGUUGCAUAUGAUGUGCCAGUUGGUGACCCACAAGAUCCAAAGCGUCUGCACACCUUCGGCCGCACAAUAUUCCGCCAGGGUCCUGAGCCUUACGAUCAGCUGCUGUCUCCAACCGCCCUGCUCCAGCCCAAAAUUGAACCAUCUAGUUCCCCCGACUCGCUGUACGACGGCGUCUCUUCGGGGUCCAGCGGCGAGAUGGCCGCACCGCUGGUGCGUGUCCCGCUUGACGCCGGCAGACGUUGGGUCUUCCCGAGCUCCCGUGAGGAGCUGCUUGCCCCUCUGAUGGCCCUUCCAGGAGUGAUGUACGGUACCCCAAUCCACCACCUGCGGGAGUCCCUCCGUGGGAGGACAGGUAAGGUCAGGAUCUACGGCCGAGACCUUGAGACUGACGACAGCCCUUUUCCUUUUAACACGCACGUCUGGCUCUCUGCUGCGAUUGACACUUUUGCCUCUGAGCGUCCUGAUAGCAAUGCGUUCGAGCUGAGCAUGGCGCCUGCCUAUGCUCUGGCCCGCGUGGUCACCCAUAUGAGUCCUCAUCGGCAGGAGGAUUUUGCUGCCUUUGCAGACCAGCACGGUGAGCUCAUGGCUGCGCGCCUGAUCCGCGUGGCCUUGGAGAAUCUUCCUCUUGAUUCGAUCCUUGGGCAUAGACAUGAGCUGGAGGAUGUAGAGGAUGCGGACGCGGCGUGGAGAGAAGUGCUUCAGGAUGUUGCUGCUGGUAGGAUGUAG